AUGUCUGAAGAUGCGCGCCAUAGCGGUUCUGAGUCAGCCGGCGAGAGCGAAGACGGGUAUUUAAGUGAUUUCGACGGCGAUUUCGAAAGACUGGGCAGAGGUUUCCCUAUGAUUUCAUUACCCAGUCUGUGGAGCAACAAAAGUACCAACCGUGAGGAAGUAGAAGAGCAGGACUCGAAGUCUCUCAGAGAUUACGGACAGUGGAGUAGGAAACUCCAGAUGACAACUUUUAUUAUGGACUUACAGAAAGGUUUAAGUUUCUCAAACGCGCUUAAUAGACUCCAGACAGUCAAGGCACACAGGGGAUGCCAUUGGAAACGCUAUGCACAGUGGGUCCGAUACCACAGUCGAGAAGGAAGGAGAGGAGCCUGUUGGUAUAGUGCCCGCCACGGAGCCCAAGAAGAUCCCUGCGUAUAAUGACAUGGUGAUUCCUCAAGAUAAGGAUCCCCAGACGCUCGAUGAAGAUUUAGUCAAGCUUACAGAACUUCCGCAAGAACAGAUCAACGACGAAUCUGCCCUUCGAGCCAGAAUCCAGCACAUUAGAAGCCUCGAAUUAGAGCCCGCCAAGAAGGCGGUCAUGAUACAAAGACUCAUGAUGGGCAAGCAUUACGACGAGAAGCAAGCAGGCGAGAAACCACCGGAAUCUGAAUCAGACGACGAAACCGACUCGUACCCUGCGACGCCUACCAACGAGGAGUUGAAACCCACCUACCAUAGUUCUGGCGUCUUCGGGUGCCCUCAUUACCAGCGUAACUGCAAACUAGAGUGCCACCAGUGCCGGAAAUGGUAUACAUGCCGGUUUUGCCAUGAUGACGAGAUGCAAGGCCAAUCAAUACCCAACCCCCAUAAUUUUCAGAGGAACAAAACCAAAUGGGUGAUGUGCAUGAGAUGCCAGCACGUCCAGCGGCCGCAAAAAGACUGCGAAAACUGUGAGGAAGAAUUGGCCUUGUACUAUUGCGACAAAUGCAAACUGUUUGACAGUGACGAUUCUAAGGAUAUUUAUCACUGUGAUAAGUGUGGAAUCUGCAGACUGGGCCUGGGCCUUGGAAUCGAUUUUUUCCACUGUGAUGGAUGCCAAGCGUGCUUAUCAAUAGAGCUUCAAGGGAGUCACAAGUGUAUUGAGCGCGCGACCAUGUCCAGUUGUCCAAUUUGUGGAGAUUACAUGUUCACGUCUGUGAAGCCAGUGGUUUACAUGUCUCCUUGUGGACACGCCAUUCACCAGCAUUGUUUUGACGAAUAUACUGCGCAUUCUUACAAGUGCCCUACUUGCCAGGUCUCAGUGUUGAACAUGGAGGCUCAAUUUAGGGUGCUUGAUAAGGAAAUUGAAGAGCAACCACUACCACAACCCUACUGCAACUGGAUAUGUUUCGUUUCUUGCAACGAUUGCAAAGCAAGAAGCACGUGCCGUUACCAUAUCUUGGGCCUUCGAUGCGGUAACUGUUACAGUUAUAAUACGACGCAACUCAAACUCGUAAAGCCAGAAGAGGAGGUGCUUGAUGAAGACCAGCAUAGCCAGGACCAACUUGCUGAUCAGUAUAGUAACGAGAGUAGUGCCGUUGCUUCUAUGAAUCGUAUGAGGCAGCAGCUGUUGGAGGGACAUUUCCAGAGGGAGGAAGUUUCACCAUUCAUUAAUGUCAACAAGAGUGGUAUGCUUUCCAACAUAGAGAAUUACAUGAACGGCUACUUCAACGAUAAACCAGCAAACGUUGAUCGUCGUGUAGAAGAGGAAGAGGUGCAGUAUUAUUCACAUAACCUAUUUAAUACAGCGAGACUGUUCGGGAAAGACAAAGACAAUGGUAACGUGUCCGAGAUUCCAGAGGUUGUCGGAAGUACAAGUAUGGCAAGAGCACCUUCCAUCACUGAAAGGCUCAGGAACUUCAUCAAUGAGGCUCCUCCACAACUUUCGCUGUCUGAAGCUUUUCAGACCUUCCUCAGAGGAAGUCACCAGGGUCUCUCUUCUGGUGAUGAAGACGAUUUUUCGCAUCAAAAUUGA